UUUCGGGCCACACUUGUCCCCGCCUUGACUCCUCUUCGGCUACAAUCGGUUGGCUCUCUUGAACUCGGCUCCCUUCGUCUACAUCCGGCCUACUCUCAGCUGCCUACCUGGUUCUGCGCUCCUUCGGCCUUAGCGUCCCUCCCCUGCGUUCGGCCAGCGUUCGGCUCAAUUCGGCUCUUUCCGUCACCGUGCAGCCGCGGUCCCGGAAGGGCGCCCAUGGAGCGGGGCCUGCCUGGGGAACGCCAGAGUAUGGCGCCGCUGCUGGAGUACGAGAGGCAGCAGGUGCUGGAACUGCUCGACAGCGACGGGCUGGUGGUGUGCGCCCGCGGGCUCGGCGCCGACCGGCUCCUUUACCAUUUCCUGCGGCUUCACUGCCACCCGGCCUGCCUGGUGCUGGUGCUCAACACGCAGCCAGCCGAGGAGGAAUAUUUUAUCAAUCAGUUGAAGAUAGAAGGAAUUGAACACCUCCCUCGAAGAGUGACAAAUGAAAUCGCAAGUUCCGGUCGCUAUGAAGUCUACACGCAGGGCGGUAUUAUAUUUGCAACAAGUCGAAUACUUGUGGUUGAUUUCUUGACAGGUAGAAUACCUUCAGAUUUAAUAACUGGCAUCCUCGUGUACAGAGCACACAGGAUCAUUGAGUCCUGCCAGGAAGCCUUCAUCCUGCGUCUCUUCCGACAAAAAAACAAGCAUGGCUUCAUCAAAGCUUUCACCGACAACGCUGUUGCCUUUGACACUGGCUUUUGUCAUGUGGAGAGAGUGAUGAGGAACCUUUUUGUGAGGAAGCUCUACCUGUGGCCAAGGUUCCAUGUAGCAGUCAACUCAUUCUUGGAACAACACAAGCCUGAAGUCGUAGAGAUUCACGUGUCCAUGACCCCCGCCAUGCUUGCCAUCCAGACGGCCAUAUUAGACAUCUUAAAUGCCUGUCUGAAGGAACUGAAGUGCCACAACCCGUCGCUAGAAGUAGAAGAUUUAUCAUUAGAAAAUGCUCUUGGGAAGCCAUUUGACAAGACAAUCCGCCAUUACUUGGACCCUUUGUGGCACCAGCUUGGAGCCAAGACUAAAUCCUUGGUGCAGGAUUUGAAGAUACUAAGAACUUUACUGCAGUAUCUCUCUCAGUAUGAUUGUGUUACAUUUCUUAAUCUUCUGGAAUCUCUGAGAGCAACAGAGAAAGCGUUUGGUCAGAAUUCAGGUUGGCUUUUCCUGGACGCCAGCACCUCCAUGUUUGUGAAUGCUCGUGCCCGAGUUUACCGUGUUCCAGAUGUCAAACUGAGCAAAAAGGUCAAAACGUCGGAAAAGAUGGCAAGUCCAGAAGGGCAAGAAACAAAAAAAGAACUGGUUCUAGAAAGCAAUCCAAAGUGGGAGGCGCUGACUGAAGUCCUGAAAGAAAUCGAAGCAGAAAAUAAGGAGAGCGAAGCCCUUGGUGGCCCAGGCCAAGUGUUGAUCUGUGCAAGCGAUGACCGCACGUGUUGCCAGCUGAGAGACUACCUGACCGCGGGAGCAGAAGCCUUCCUGCUGCGGCUCUACAGGAAAACCUAUGAGAAGGACAGCAAAGCUGAAGAAGUGUGGGUAAAUUUUAGAAAGGGGGACGGCCCAAAGAGAACUAUGAAAUCUGACAAAAAAACAAAAGACUCCCAAAACAAAGAGCGUGCUUCCGCCAAAAGGGGGGCUCUCAAAAGAAAGAAGCGAGAACUGACUCUGACGCAAGUGUUGGGGACUUCUGAGGAGCCGCCAGAGGAAGGGGCUGCGGAGGAAGACCUGCGCAGACAGACCGGCAGUAGUCCAGAAGGCUGUGGGGGAGAGAUUAAGCAUGAAUCAUUUGAUUUAAAUGUGUCAUCCGAUGCAGCCUAUGGCAUCCUGAAAGAACCUCUGACGAUCAUCCAUCCGCUUCUGGGGUGCAGCGACCCCUAUACCCUGACGCGGGUACUGCACGAGGUGGAGCCCAGAUACGUGGUUCUGUAUGAUGCAGAGCUCACCUUUGUUCGGCAGCUGGAGAUCUACAGGGCCAGCAGGCCUGGGAAACCUCUGAGGGUUUACUUUCUUAUAUAUGGAGGCUCCACAGAAGAGCAGCGCUACCUGACUGCUUUGCGGAAAGAAAAGGAAGCUUUUGAAAAGCUCAUAAGGGAAAAAGCUCAAAUGGUUGUCCCCGAAGAACGGGAAGGCAGAGAUGAAACCAACCUGGACCUAGCAAGAGGCGCAGCAGCCACAGACGCUCCCACUGACACGCGGAAAGCCGGUGGCCAGGAGCGGAAUGGCACGCAGCCCAGCAUCGUGGUGGACAUGCGUGAGUUUCGGAGUGAGCUCCCAUCCCUGAUCCAUCGGCGGGGCAUUGACAUAGAGCCAGUGACCCUGGAGGUGGGUGAUUACAUCCUGACACCCGAGCUGUGUGUGGAGCGCAAAAGCGUGAGUGACCUUAUUGGCUCUCUGCACAGUGGCCGACUGUACAGCCAGUGCCUAGCCAUGUCCCGCUACUACCGGAGGCCCGUGCUGCUCAUUGAGUUUGACCCGGGCAAGCCCUUCUCCCUGGCACCACGAGGUGCCUUCUUCCAAGAGAUGAGCAGCAAUGACGUGAGCUCCAAGCUCACACUCCUCACCUUGCACUUCCCGCGCCUGCGGCUGCUCUGGUGCCCCUCACCCCAUGCCACCGCCGAGCUGUUUGAGGAGCUGAAGCAGAACAAGCCACAGCCUGAUGCAGCCACAGCCAUGGCCAUCACCGCAGACUCAGAAACGCUGCCGGAGUCAGACAGGUAUAACCCUGGCCCCCAAGACUUUGUGCUAAAGAUGCCUGGGGUCAACGCCAAGAACUGUCGCUCCCUGAUGAAUCAAGUGAAGAACAUCGCAGAGCUGGCCACCCUGUCCCUGGAGCGGCUCACGAGCAUCCUGGGGCACUCGGGAAACGCCAAGCAGCUGCACGACUUCCUGCACACUGCCUAUGCAGACUUGGUGUCCAAAGGCAGAGUGAGAAAGUAACUGCUCUCAUCUGGCUAUUGAUUGAUCAUUUGCAUAGCAAUUCAUUCUUUCCCAGGGAAAUUAGGGACUGGCUUCUGUCCCCCAAGGCAUUUGUCCAGAAGCCAGGAUUUCCCCCUGGGCUCUGUGCUAAGGUGUGUGCUUGCCUCCCCUUGCUGGCUCUUGCCCCUCUCUGCUCUGGGUAUGCCAGGUCUGCAGGGAUCCAUUUUCAAUAAAGCGUGGUGAGAUCGUGCCCCUUGAAGCAGACAUAACCCACAUUUGCUUUUCAGGCUGGUAAAAGCACUCCAUCGUGGUCCUGACACUGGCUGCACAGGGCAGGGUAGGCCUGAGACGGGGCUGCUGUUCCUACCAUGCUUCUUCACCUCGCACUCACAGAAACCAACUAGCCCUCCUGGUCACCAGGUAUAUGUAACAUGUACCAUGACUUGGUUGUUUAAGCCAGUGUUUUUAACAGAAUUAAUUGCUUAUGGACAAGAUUUGAUGAGGUAAUAAAGGGCUCCUCAGAAUUCUUGGUCUCUCAGUGUUUGACCUACAAAUCCCUACUCUAAGCCCAAAUGACAAGUCAAAGUGUCCCCCAGACCUCACUGGCAUAAGAUGCCAGUGCCAUACCAGAAGCUCACCAUCUCUGCCCUGCCCAUGGUUGUGUCCUGACUGCUUCUCCUUGCCUGGGUAAGGACUAAGUGUGAGCAAAGGCAGGCCAGGUGCUUUCUAGAUGUGCUUCUUACUAAAGGAUUGUGGAUAAAAGGGUAAAUCAAUGCAGAGAACACAUAAGAAUUCAAAAGAAAUACAUAGGUGUUUAAAGACCCACAAACCAAUCUCAUGAUUGAUUAGACUGGAUUUUCUGUGUUAAAAUGGGACUCACCUCAUCUUUAUGCUGUUUGCAAACUGAUACUUGGGUAUUAGCUGUUUAUGUAUUAAGUGACAAGCAGUAAAUUUUCUACCUCAAGAGCUAAUGCCGCAUGAAUUUUAGCCUUGCCGCAUGGUUGAGUGUUCCAUCAGUGUCAGCCAUCUUUGGCUGAACUGAUGAAAAAGUGGACCUUGUAGCAAAAAUACUGUCUCCUCCAACUUUAACAAAAGCACUGAACUAAACCUUACAUGUUGGCAUCUUGUUUAUUGGUACUUAACAGUACAGUUGUCCCUCAGUGUCCAUGAGACUUUCCUUCCAGGACCCUCUCUGAUGGUACAGUUUGUGCACGCUGCAGUCCUUCGGUGGUGUUUGCUUAUAACCUCUGCCUAUCCCCCUGUGAACCUCAGACCAUCUCUAGGUAGCUCCAGCAGCUGCGGCAACAGGUGGUGUGUAACAGCCGCUUCCCUGUGUUCCUCAAUGACUUGAAAAGAGCCUGCGUGUUUAGCAGAGAUGCAGAUGUUCCUGUAUUUUCAGUCCUUGGUUAGUUAAACCCAAGGAUGCGGAGGACUUCCCCUGAGCAUCCUGUUCAGGGCCCUUCAGGGAUGAAUGUCAGGGGUGUCGAGACAUAGUCGAUUAUUGGAGGCAUGGAAAGCGGGAAAGAUAAAGCAGUAAGCUUAUGAUGGGAAGUUUGUUAUGAUCUGAGCUACUUGUUUCAACCCAGGGUUAAAAAUAUAUUCGCCUUCUGGACCAGGACAGAACUGCCUGGUGAGUUGCACUGGACGGUGUGGUCAUUCCCAGCUCGUGAACACGGAUGUCCACUUCCACUUAUGGUAACAGUCUCCUUCUUCCAUGUAACUCCGCCUCCCUUUUCUGUUGUUUUGUUCCAUAAAAUAAAAAUUUUAACAUAG